AUGUCAGCAGCACAGAACACCACCACCAAGCCCACGUCUAAAGAGGAGUGGAUCAAGGCCGAGGAUGGCCACGAGAUUUUCACAAAGACCUGGUACGCCGUCGGAACCCCCGUUGCCUCCAUCGUCUUUGUCCACGGACUCGGCGAGCACAUUGUCCGUUACGAUCACGUCUUCGAGGAGUUCAAUAAGGCUGGGUUCCAGGUCUCAUCCUUCGACCAGCGCGGAUUCGGCCAGACAGGCAAAAAGUCCAAGACUCUUGGUCGCACUGGAGGAUACAUCAAGGCCAUCCCCGAUAUCACAGCAGCACUUGAGCGUGGAACGAUUGAGGGCGUCCCAUUGUUCCUCAUGGGCCACUCCUAUGGUGGAAGCUUGGUCCUGAACUACGAUUGUAUUGGCCCUCUGCGCACAAAGCUAUCUGGUCUCAUCGCCUCUGCGCCUCUUGUCCUCCCUACUGCCCCUACUCGCCCCUCCAACCUUACCGUGUCCUUUGCAGGCGCCGUCUCCAAAGUCUUCCCCUCGCUCAAGAUCCCCACCAACCUCUCCUCCAAGGCCAUUUCGCGUGACCCCAAGGAGGUUGCCAAGUACGAUGCUGACCCUCUCGUUCACGGGUUCGGAACUACCAAGGGACUCUUUGACAUGUUGACCAACGGAAAGAUGUUGUUGUCGGCUGCUCGGUACGGAGAGAUCUCAACUGGAGUGCCCCUGUUGAUCUGCCACGGAACUGCGGAUGCCUUGACGGAACAGAAGGCGAGCAAGGAAUUCUUUGAUAAAGUCGCUGUCAAGGACAAGGAGUACAAGGUCUACGAGGACCACUACCAUGAAUUGCACAACGAGCCCGAGGACGAUCGCAAGGUUGUGAUUGAUUAUUACAUUCAGUGGAUUCGUGCUCACUUGCCUGUCCCCGCUGCUGCUGCUCCUGCUAUUGUUGCUGCUACCCCCGAGGUCGUUGCUGCUGUCUAA